UUCCCUCCCAAACGACAAGAAGCUUACGUUGAAAGCUUACAAGGGGCACAAUCGGGCGUGUGAUCGAUUCAAACGAGGGUAGUUCCGGCGAUAUAAACGUCGAUUGUUUCAACCGCCAUUCCGCGAUUUAAACAACGGGUUUUUUUAAUUACUACGGCACGGAGUGCUGCCGCGGAGACUUGCGCGUACGUGUCCGCCUCGGCCAUAGAGGAAAUCAAUAAAAUCAACCGACACCCAGGGAUUCGCUUGGAACCGCAGUCACAACAGAAUGCGCAAUAGUUGCGUGUGCACGAUAAAGAGAGAGGGAUAAUUCGUUUCGAAAGUUUGGCAAAAAAAAACCGUUGAACGUAGGAGGUUCGACGAAAUGAACGUGGAGAAUUUGGAGCACGGGACAUCGCAGAACGGAACAUGGAGCACGAAACAACAACGGCCGAGGAACGGGGAAAUGUGAACUCGAACACGCCUUCCAUCGAGAUGUCCGAGAAACGGAUCUCAAUGGGCAUCAAUGUCAGCAUUCUGGUGAUACUGACCAUAUUCGGUGUAUUGCUCUCGUUGCCGUUGAGAUUACUGUUGAACACGAAUUACUACAGCCGGGACGAGAUCGUUGCCGCGAGUAACGAGACAAGCGUACAAGCGACGGGGAACUCGACCGUCGAGGAGGAGAUAACGAUUCCGUUUGAUCACAGAAGGUUGAAACGUUGCCCGAGGUUCGAGUACGAGAACACGUUGAAGUAUAUUUUCAAAAGUGAUUACGAUGGGAAUUGCACUUACGACACGGGAACCAGUUUCGCGACGAUUGGGAACGAUUGGGUGGAGGAGAAUAUUGGAGGAAAGGAGGAGGAGGAGGAGGAGGAGGAGGAGAGCUUGAAGAAGGACGGUAACGAAGAAAGGAACGAAGAAGGAACGGGUACGAGAAUUUUGAGGGAGAUUGGCAAGAGUGAUAAUAAGACGGAUAAAGUAGAAGAAAGUGGGGAGGAUCGUCGAUCGAAAUCGGUCCUGGUCGCCGGACACAUUCUCGUGACGAUGCUUCUCAUUUCAGCAAUAGCUGCUCUCGUUGAAGUGUUGAGAAUACGUUUCGCUAGAGACAAGGACUCGUCUAAGGCAGGUAGUAUCUCAAGAAAAACGUCCACGAUCGAGCUUCCCAUUCAGAGGCGAUUCCUACCGAGGUAUCCAAUCAAGAGUACGAAGUCUUUCGAAAUGCAUCGAUCCGCUUUUCGCCUAUUAGGUGCAAGACCACCGCCUCUUAUUCGUCGUUCUUCGUUCCCAAUCCAGCAAUCUAAGCAAAGCUCUGGUUCCGUCAGUGGUACACCGAAUAAUCGAAUAUCGAGACGCCAAUCGGCUGAAUCUGACGAAGAAAUCGGAGUCCUCAUUAACGCUCUUCACCAUCGCACACGCCUCAUUCGACGGCAUUAAAGGUAAUUGUAUUAACAACGCGUUGCAAAUAUGAAAAGUAAUGGAGAGUAUAUAUUUAUAUUGAUUUUAAAUUCUUUGAUCUCUUAACGCUUAACUUUUUUUCGUUAAAUUUAAAAAAAAUCGAAAAAUUGAAAUAUUUUUAUCGUAACGAAUGAUAUAUAACGAACAUGAAAUUAAAUAUGUCGUUUGUAAAUAUAUGUUUAUACAUUUUGGUGUAGGAUAUUGUAAUUUUUGUAUCAUGAAGAUUAAUGAUAGAAAUAAAAUAUAAAUGGAGUAAUAAAAAAAAUAAUAAAAUAAAAUUUGAAUUAUAAAUAUUAAGGGAUUAAACUAAAAUUGAUAUUGAUUUCUCCUGAUUUUAAAUAUAAAAAUUAACAUUAAUCUUAGAAUAAUUUGAUUUUAAGCAAAAUUUGAAUUAUUGGGAAAAAUUUAAUAGUUUAAUAUAAAAAUCUAAAAAUCUAAAAUUUAAAAUAUAAUAAUAUUCUAAUUUUACUUCUUAUUUUCUUUUCAGUAAAAUCAAUUGAAUUCUUUGAAAAUUCAUUCGCAUUAACAAUAACAGGGUAUACGUCUUAGACUGAAUGGUAGGUUUUCAAAUAUAUUUUUUUAUAAAAAGAUUUUUGUAAAAUAACUUGAAAUUAUUUUGUUAGGUCUUACAUAUCGCACAACGACUCACGUUCACGAAUUCUUAAAAAAAUUCUUAUUGCUUUGUGAAUCCACCACCCAACAGGACUUCCAAUAAAAUUGUUGUAUCUUCCUAUAUUUUACAAUUUUAACAUCCAAUAUAAAUUUCGUAUUUGCAAAGAACCUAAAACUUUCCCUUUGCUGCUAGGACAGGCAACAAAUCUGCUUACUACCGUUUUGCAUCAUUGUUCUUUAUAUUUUUGUUCUUUAUAAGGUAAUUUUUAUAUAUUGUUUUUACUUUGAUAUUGUUAACAUUCUAUGUUUAAAAAUAAACAUUUCUCUCUUUUAAUUAAAAAUAAAACAGUAAAAUUAAUAUAAAAUAAUAAACAGUAAUAAAUAAUAAAAAUUAAAUAAAUAAUACAGUAAAUGCAAAUAAUGCAAUAAUUUAAAAAAGUAAUGAAUUUUAUAUAUUCCUAUGCGUCUGAUAUUAUUUAAUGAUAUUUUUCAUCAUUUUUUUUUAAUCUUAAAGCAAUAAUAAUUAUUGCAAUUAUUUGAUUAAUUUUAUAUAUAUUGUAUCAUAUAUUUCUUUGAAAAAUUUUUCUGAUAUAAUUAUAAUAUAAUGAUAUUAUUUUUUUGUUUUUAGGUAAUAUAUCUAUAUAGGAAGUGUCUGUGUAAAUAAAUAAUUGCAAAAAUUAUUCGAAAUGGAAAACGAAAGAAUACUAAGUAUUCGUACUUUAUCGUAUAUGAUAUUGUAAUACAAUGUAAAGAUCGUGUGAAAGUAAUCAAAAGAUGAAUGUAUUUUGACAAAAGUUAAAAAGUCUUCGAUACGUAUUUUCAUAUUAAUACCUAUACCUCUAAAAAACAAAUACUUUGGAUACUUCUGUGAUUUUCAUCGUUUAUCACGAUAUAUAUGAAACGUUAAUCAAAAAUUAUAAAAUAUAUAUAUAUAUAUGUACAUAUAUCGAUGUCUGAUAAAUAAAUUCUUCGAUUCUCUA